AUGCUAAGUGAAGAUCCCAUUAGCGCAAUAUUUAAACGCUUUUGUGAAACUGGUGCAGUAGAAGAUCAACAACAUUCGGAAAGAUCAUCAAAAAUUAGAGAAAACAAAUUUGAUGAAAUUUAUAAUUUUUGUGAAAAUCAACUACAAUCAAGUGUUCGAACUGUCACAAUGGCCUGCUACAUUUUACGAGCAACAGCACAACGAAAUUAUAACUGA